AUGUGGCUUGUUGCGCCAGCAACAAUCGACCCCAUCAAAACAUCUCGCCAUCCCACCAUUGACAAAACCACCAACCACCAGAUUAAGCUCUACGUCUUGCGAUCUUUCCUUCCGCCCAUCAUGUUGCUCGAUGAAGACCCUGCUACCCUCAUCCAUCACACCAUCGGCAACUUCAACAUUCAACCAGACAAACAAGCCGUGACGCGCAUCAAUGACUCCCUCUCCACCCUUCAGCAAUCUCGCGACCUGCGUAUGCGUGAGGCUGAGACUGCCCUGCGCAAGCUUGGCCGCCACCUGAACUCCCUCAGAACCCAACACGAAGAGGCUGUGGCGGUGCACGAUUCCAGUAAACACGCCGCGGAGAUCGUGGAACUUGACACCAAGAAGUUCCGGAUCGCUAAGGCUGCAUCUGAACUGGAAAUUGAGAGUGAGCGUCUUGAAAGCGAACUUGAAAUGCUCAAGGAGCGGUUGGCCGACCUCGAGUCGCAGGGCCUGGAGGGUGACGAGACCACGCGCCGCGAACGCGAGGCAGAUGAUGCAACAAUUUUGCGAUUGAAGAUCUUCCGCUCUCUGGGCAUCGAUAUCGAACCUGACGAGGCAGGCAAUUUUAGCCGGGCGGUCAUUCGGAACAGCCGCAAGGGCGAUGUGCAUGUCGUCAAUAUUGAUCCGAAAUUCUCCCGCUUCUUCUAUUCAAACUAUUUCUGGUCGACGAUGCAGGGGUAG